AUGCCGCCAGCGCCGUGGGCCGUGCCCGACCAAAUCGAGUUCAUGUCCACUCGAUUGCCACAAUUCCAGGAUGCUCAACGAAAUAAAACUAUAGCCGAGUUCUGGGUGAAGCUAUAUGCUGAAUUCUUUUUAAGGUGGAAAGGGCCUGAGGAUGAAGUUCAGCCCAAUUCGGUUCAGCCAAAGAAACGUAAGAAAGACAAUCAAAAGUUACCUCAAACAUCGACGCCGAUCGAGUUAGAUCAUGCUGCAUGGAUUAAGCUACGGAAGACGCAAAUUGCUAAUUGGUUUAAUAACCGGGGAAAAGGGAGCGAGAACCGGCGGCAAGGCCCCGCCAUUGUGAUUGGAUCUGCAGGGCCCAGUCAACGCGCCCUCUCCGAGCUGAAUGUCUACUCAAAGCGGUACUACAACGAAAAAAUACGUUCUCGUGUGGAAAAAGAGCUCAAAAAACACAGUGGCCCCGCCCAUAUCGCUCUUAUCAACAAGUGUAUCAGCGAGGCAUGGGAUAUGGAGUCCAAAGAUGUCAAGGAGGAGAUUCGCGCAGAGACAAAGAGGUUGAAGGUGUUAUUGAAGGAAGAUCGCUCUGAAAAUACUGAACAACCGACUCCUCAGGAAUACGCCAAAGCAAUUAUGGAGGCUCCAGGACAAAUUACGAGCUUUCUUCAAGAAAUGUACAAACGCACUGGCUGGUGCCUGAGUGUGAUAGCCGGCGGCCCUGAUCCCUCCCGUCAAGGAAAGAUUCGGACUAUCAGUAUUCAUAUGGGAAAGGACAAAUUUGACCAAUUUUACUUUUAUUUAUACAAUGUAUACUCUCAGACUGACAGAGAUAAUCGCGCCCUCUCUGGGACAAAGCCUAUAGCGAGCAUGAAAAUGGGUGAAGGUGGAAUCAUGGACGACUGCGAGGACGAUUCCGGUGCCACCAGUCAAAUGGAGGUUGAAGCACCAACAAUUGAAGGGGAAGAAGAUGGCGCAAAAUUGACUGCGCCUGACGGCCAGAACGAUAUGCCAGCUGUAGCAACCGGGGCAACUAUGUUCUCUGGAAGCAUGACCAGAGAGUCUUGCCAUGGUGCUGCACCAACUCCCGAUUCUAAUUCCACCAGUCAAAUGGAGGUUGAAGCACCGACAAUUGUAGGGAAAGAAGAUGGCGCAAAAUUAACUGCUCCCGAUGGCCAGAACAAUACGCCAACUGUAGCGACUGAGGCAACUGUUUUCUCUGGAAGCAUGACCACAGAGUCUUGCUAUGGUACUGCACCAACUCCUGCAAUGGAUGCUCUACAAAAUUCUGUCACAGGCCCAGACAAAAGCCUCCCGGUUUCUUUGCUGGGAAACCCCCUGAACGGUAUGGAGAUGGACGGAGAGAAGUUGUAUGAAGAAGAAGAUAGGGUACUUUCGUUUAUGGAACUGUUGAAAGAGGAUGGGGGUUACGACCCACAGAGAGACUCGAUGCUUCAAAUUUCGAUGAACAAUGGGUUCUUUUCAGACUAUCAGUUUUGGGGCAACACGCAGGAGAACAGAACAUUUCAAGUACCUACAACAGAAAUGCCAAUGGCCUGGGUUUCUGGUCACAAAGCUAAUGCUUCUUUGAACGUACAAGCACCCCUUGAUGCCUUUCCAACCAUCCCAAUGUCAGCCAACAAUCCAAAUGGUCACGGCCCCUCUUUUUAUCACCAGGAGGGCCCUAUUACUCCGACAGCUGGAUCUCAGCUUUUAGCCCAGCCGGCAGUGAUGUGCGCACCAUAUAUCGUUCAACCAGCAAUGUUGCCAACAACAUCCAACCAAAGUUAUGCUCAUUCGAACACUUCGUCGGCAAUACCAUUGCCUGCGCCGCAGCAACUGAUGUCCUCAGCACUGAUGAAUCAUCAACUGGGUCCCGAAUCCCAAAAUCCGCCAUCUUUGAGAUUUUCUGAUGUCCCGGCGAUGGGAAUGCCACAUGCCGGGUAUCUGUUGGCGUCAAUGGGUUAUACCAACCCUGCUAUAUUCUCCCAGCUCGUCCAAGCUACUCCCAAUCCAUAUGGGUCUGGCCACCACAACACUACCAUACCCCAGAUAGUCCAAGGACAAGCACAUGUGGGUGUGAAUGCUUCUGGCGCUGCACAGGAACCAAGAACAUCAGCAGCAACUAGCCAUCCAGAACUCACGGCCUCACUGCACCCUCCGCAAACACGCCCGUCUACGUCGGAGAAGCAACAAGGAAAUCCGGUAACGGGGGCGCAUCCAGCAUCCUGCGACACUGUGUCCAAGGAGAGCAAUUGUACAACAGCAGCAGGGACAAUGAUAGUCCCCAGCCCAUCAGUUGCUCAGGCUUUGAAACCACCUAUUUUGAAUGUGAUGAAUGCUGAUAUGCAGCUUGACAUUGUUGAUGAUGGUGGACGCCGAGCUCGAAAAGCAGCAACAUCAAGGAAUGUCCCGAUGCAGCAAAUGUGGAGAGCAGCGGCACUGGAGCACCUUAUGAUGCCUGAGAUUGAUACUGAGAAAUGGAAAUUGUGUGUAAAGGCUUGGGUUGCAUUUGAGGAUUCGCAAUGCGACGCCAUUGAAACAAGUUUGCUCCGAUUCCCCGCUGCAACAAGGCCAGUGGCCCUGACCAAAUGGUUAUCAACUCGUAAGUAUGGAAAUGCUCCUGAUGUUGGAGUCAAAUUUGGGGACGAGUGGGUAACCUGGUGGAACAACAGUCAGCCUAAAUGGAGGCAGAGCUCGGAGGCUGGAAAGCUGCCACAAUGCCUGUCUGUUGCUGGCGGGAAAGAUAGCAUCAAUGUGUUGAAGAAAGGAGGUCCAAACGGCUUGGUAACGGUGAUGAUUGGGUUGAGGUGGUGGGCGAAACAUCGACACUCCGACCCAAGAUGGGAGGAAGCCGUUGAAGACAUCCUUGCUGUAUUCCAAGCAUUCCAAGAAGUCGCUAAAGUGACCAAAAAGCGCAAGGGGAAUGAGCAAAACAUCAAGGUGAAGUCAAAUGUCAAGAGGAAGAAGACAUGA